AGUGUUCUGUAUUUAAUGGCACUCUCCGCCGCUUGUUGCUGAUUCACAACUGCUGCUCGUCCCGCCGCGUCACGAAACGUUCCCACGGUCUUUCGUAUUCUGUCUUUUAUUACUUUUAUCGAGAAACGACAGAGACAAAAGAACGCUUUUUUGUAAAUUUGUGUCCUUCGUCAUGACGAGCGAGAUGCGGCGAAACAGCACACACGCGGUUCCCAUCAAGAACAUUGAGAGGGAGCUGAUCUGUCCCAUCUGCAAGGAGCUGUUUACCCACCCUCUCAUCCUGCCAUGCCAGCACAGCGUUUGCCACAAGUGUGUCAGGGAGCUUCUCAUGCUCAACCACGAAGACUCCUUCGACGGCGGCUCGGAGUGCUCGCUGCCCGGGAGCCCCAGGUCGCGUGUGCCCUCGCCCUCCAUGGAGCGGCUGGACAGGCUGGUGCGAUCAGCCACAGUGCAAAGGUCGCUCGGGAGUCGAGGUAGACGGGGCCUCCGACUGUUCAGUAGCUGUAGUAGUCCUCGGAAAAGAAGUGGAAAUACUGGCUCGCAAACUGAGAUAAAUCCAGCACUCCUCACUUCUCCCCAAAAACGCUCCAUCUCCUCCCCGGGCUGGCGCAGAGGAUCCGUGACGCCCCGCAUUACCGCCAUCCCGUGCCCGGGCUGCCAGCACGACAUUGACCUGGGCGAGCGCGGGAUCAGCAUGCUCUUUCGCAACUUCACGCUGGAGAGCAUCGUGGAGCGCUACCGGCAGGCGGCGCGGGCGGCCGUGGCCAUCAUGUGCAACAUCUGCAAACCUCCGCAGCUACAGGAGGCCACCAAGAGCUGCAUGGACUGCAAGGCCAGCUACUGCAACGAGUGCUUCAAGCUGCACCAUCCUUGGGGAACGCCCAAGGCCCAGCACGAAUAUGUGGGGCCCACCACCAACUUUAGGCCCAAGGUGCUGAUGUGCCCUGAGCACGAGAUGGAGAAGGUGAACAUGUACUGUGAAGUGUGCAGGAGGCCCGUGUGCCACCUGUGCAAGCUGGGAGGUACGCACGCCAACCACAGAGUCACCUCCAUGACCAACGCCUACAAGAUCCUCAAGGAGAAGCUGGCCAAGAGUAUCCAUUAUCUCAUCAGCAAAGAGGACCAAGUGAGGACUCAGAUUACUGGCCUGGAGCAGCUCAUCAGUCAGACUGAGGAAAAUGGCCAGCGGGCAGAACGUCAAGCCAACGAGCACUUUGACCGCCUGUUUGAGACCCUGCAAGAGAGAAAGUCGGAGAUGCUGAAAUCCGUCGAGCAGUCCCGUAACCGUCGCCUGUUGCAGCUCAGAUCCCAGACGGAGGAGUACCAGGGCAUGUUGGAGAACAGCGGCCUGGUUGGAUACGCUCAAGAGGUGCUCAAAGAGACGGACCAGUCCUGCUUUGUUCAGACCGCCAAGCAGCUGCACGUCAGAAUCCAAAAGGCCACGGAGUCUCUUAGGACGUUCCAGCCGUCAGCCCACCCCUGCUUUGACGAGUUUGUGUUGGACACGUCCCGAGAAGAGAUGCUGCUCAAAGAAAUGUGCUUUGGUGGAGUCCCGGAUCCCCCUAUGAUCGACCUCUCCAAGAGCAAAGUUUACAACGAGGCCACCAUCAUUUGGAAGUUAUCUGAGGACCACAUACCCACCGACCACCAUCUGCUCGAGUACCGCAGAUUGGGAGGCCCGAGCCCUUCUCAGGACGGCGGCGAGGACAGCAGCGCGUGGAGGGUCACAGAGCAGGUCUACGGACCCACCGCCGUGGUGUGCGACCUGGAUCCUGACAGCUUGUACGCCUUCCGGGUGCGGAGCUGCAGGAACUCCAUGCUCAGCCCUUACAGCCCAGAGGUCACCUUUCACACCCCCCCUGCACCCGUUUUUGACUUCCUGUUCAGCGACAAGUGCGGCUUCAGCACAGAGCGCCUCAUCCUGAACAAGCGGCGGGACGCGGUGGAGAGCGUGGCCGGCAUGGCCUUCCUGCUGGCGGCGGACCGCGUGCAGACGGGCGGCUACGUGGGACUGGACUACAUCAUCGGGGACACGGGCAUCUCCCAGGGAAGACACUACUGGGCAUUUAGGGUGGAGCCUCACUCGUACAUGGUCAAAGUGGGUGUGGCCUCAGACACAAAGCUGCUGGAGUGGUUUCACAACCCCAGAGACACCAGCAGCCCAAGGUACGACCACGACAGCGGCCACGACAGCGGCAGCGAGGACGCCUGUUACGAUCUCUCCCAACCCUUCACCCUCCUCACCGUGGGCAUGGGCAAACUCUUCAUCCCCAAGUCCCCCACGUCCUCGUCCUCCGCGUCCGGCGACCCGGGCAACCGCAUGCUCGCCAUGCCCCAGCGCCUCGGCGUGUGCCUGGACUACGACGCCCGCCGGGUGUACUUCUACGACGCCGACAGCAUGAGGUGCCUUUACGAGCGGCAGGUGGACUGCUCGGGGACCAUGUACCCGGCGUUCGGGCUCCUGGGCGGCGCCAAGGUGCAGCUGGAGGAGUUUGUCACCGCCAAGAGACUGGCCUUCUGAAGGAAGCGUCUCGGUUUUGUUUGGCUAUGUUUGCACCUGGCGAGGAGUCUCCGACCAGGCCCGAUGAGGCAGGUUCCAUCAGGGCUAAAAAACCUAAGCUAAGUGUCUCUGUUUUUAACUGAAUUAGCAGUUUUAAAUGGUCUGUUUUUAACAUGCCUUUCAUUACUGAUCACAGGAUUAGGCGAGUAGAGAGCCUGUGUGGCUACGUUAGCAGUUAGCGCCUCCGUGCCUUUCCUUUCUUUCACUUAGUUUGCGUCACAAUCACACGUCUUUGCACAAUUGUUGAGUAACACAAUAUCUGUAUGUAACUACUGUUGAACGUGCACUGGGUUUACCUUCUGAUUAGCACUGAAGCAAAACAAACACUACUUUUUUUUCCCCCCCCUCCCCCCGUAACACUGUCAUCACUUCAUAACACAGGAGCCUCAGUUGUGGUGCAACCCGAGCAGCCUUUUUAACACUUCAGGUUCAAAGUGCUAUCUCAAACAAAAACACACACCGAGGCUUUUUAGGGGUGCUGUCAUCUUUUGUCCAGGUGUCUACAUGCGACUACCUCCUUGCUGUCAGGCCCGGAAAACCCCCCUUUUUUUUUUUGUACCCCCUCACCAAUGUUUGGGUUUGAUUUCAAGUCACCUUUGAGUUGUUUGAACACUGGAAUAGUUUGUUUUUUUGUGUCUGGAGUUGAAGUGGACCUGAGUAACUACACUGUAAAUUCACUUGCCUCACACUCUUUAAAAAAAAAUAUUCUCCAUGUUUUGUGUCGGUUCGUCAUAACACUUUUCUAUUUAGCCCAGUCUUAAAACAGUUAUAAUUGUUUUUGUGCAGCUUGUCCACAGAAGUCACAUACUUGAGAAGAAAACAACAAUACCUUUUUAUGCGUUGAAGGCUUUGCUUGUUUGAUUUCCAUGGAGGAAUGUAAUAAUAUACAUCAUAAUACUGUCCUUGUUUUCCCCCUCCUUUAGAAAUCUAAACCAAAUAUUUUCCAACCUAAUCCAAAACUGGCAUGCUGCAUGUUGGUAACACUCUCUAUAUCAUAACAACAAUAUUAAUAAUAAUAGUGUGUGCAAUAUUACUCAAAUACAAAAGGCAGCCUAGCUUCGACUAAGACACUACAUUUGCACUGAGAUAUUCAUGGGAUUUAAAUGAAAAGGCCUCCAACUUGAAUUAGAAAGUUUUUCCUUUUAAAAUUGUGACUGUUUGACUUCUUUGGAGUUUGUGUGUAUGUAUGACAUGAAUGGGAAUAAUCUUACUGUACUUCAUUUGCUGGAUUUGUUUCUUUUAAGUGUGAGGAUGUCCUCUAAUAAAACUGGUGUUUGUAAUAAAACUC